AUGUCUGCCAUUUCUGUGUUGUGGACAAUAUUGUGUCUUAUUUUGCUCUUCACGUGCUCCUUGGCUUUCUUUUCUCCAUUUUGGCAUGAACACAUCCCUGAUCCUACAUCAGCAAACAACAGUGAAACUUUCAUAGCUUUUGGACUGCUAAGAUUUUGUUUGAAAGAACAAUUUGUUACAUUAGGUGACAUUAAUGAGUGGAGAGCAUCAAAGUAUUGUUCAUUCUACAAGGGGAUUUUUCCCGGAAUUCCUUCUGUGUUCUGGAAAGUAGCCACGAUCAUGUAUGCACUUGCUUUGGUAUUGCUGCUGGCAUGCUUAUUGUUAGCCCAUAUUUCCUGCUGCCGAAAGGUUAUUUGUGGAAAAUCAGUCUUUAGUAUUGCUGGAAUAAUUCAGGGCAUUGCCGGUAAGGAUCAUUACUUUUCAUCACAUAACAGUCCAGUCAACUUUCAUUGAUGCAGGGAGCAUUCUGGAGGGGUAGGGGAUACCCUGAGCUGCAGUUCCAUAAAAAUAAGAAGUAAUAUAAUUUGCUUAAUUAGAGAGCUAGCAUAUACCAAUAGACUGAAUUUUAACAUUGAAAUAGUGUAGCCUGUGGAUAUUACGUAGCUGCCUCUCCUCAAUCCUCGGUGCUAAGGACGUUUUGCAGGAAAGACUUCUGCACCUGUUCUCAGAGCCAGUAAUACUAUAAUGAUGACAUAAAUCAAUGUUUACAAAAUUAAUCCAGUAGUCGUGGGGUUCCAAAUAUAGAUUUGUUUGAUUUUAUGUUUUUUCUGGUCAAUUAUAGUUGAGUUUUGUUUUCUCCUGCAAAUGAGCUCCAGCAACACUCAAAUGCUUCCUCUAAAGAAUAGUAUAUUUCACAAUACUGACUGUUUUGUAGUAAAUUUAACAUUUUUGCAUUUGAUCUUUGUGGCCCAUAUAUUUGUCUUUUCUCAGUCAUUUGUAAACAAUAGCUGAAACAAAAUGACUACUACACUCUACGACAACCAAUCAGUGCUCCUGACCAGAUUCUAGACGGAUUUUAGGUCAUCUGAAUAGAAUUUCUGUCGCUGAGGCCCAAAAGUCUUUCAUACAAAACAUCCCUUGUGGAGAGGGAUGAGGGGAGACGGCUGAGUCAGGAAUGAGUUACCAAAAAAUUGUCAUUAUUGUUACCCAACAGUGGAAAAGAAGAAAACCCACAUUCCUGCACAUGUGCAGCAAACCCCAAUGUCCUCUUCCUAGUGUUACAAUGGCAGGGGCAUAGCCAGGGGGGGGGUCACAGAGGCUACUCACCGCUGCUCUCCCUCGUGUAUCAGCAGGCUCAGUCGUAUUAUCAUGGCAUGAAGGCCCAUAUUAACUAAAGAUAAGAGCCGUUGACGAAAAUACUUUACAAAAACACAAAUUUUAAGAAAGUUGGCUUUUCAACAAUGGCUUUUACGGCCAAGAUAUUGUCAUGGCGUUUUCACCACCUGAAUAUUGUCGGUUGUUUGCUCAAAAGAAGGCCUACCAAGGGGGGGUCAUGGGUAACCCAGGACCCCCCCUAGCUACGCCCCUGCAUGGUAACAACAGGGAAUACAAGACCAGUUAUCGUUUUUGUCAAUAUUGAGCAAAAUUUUUUCCCUCUUCUUUUGUGUGCUUGAAACCUGGCCACAAGAGAGAAAAUUGUGUUUGAGCCUUUUCAUUCUCAGAAAUGGCUGCCCUUUGAGCAUUGGUUUCUCUACUGAACAAAACUUCCAAAAUGAAUUACCUAUAAUCAUACUCAGUACCAUACUUAUUUUUGGAAAUAUUGGAAAUUUAAAAAAAAACUAUUGUAUCUGUUAAAAAAAUCCUAGAAAAGUGAUAUAUAUAUUAUUCUGUGAAAGUAUACUACAAACUUGUUAUCAGUGGUCUCUCUUACUUGUUCAUAUGGAUAGUUAUUUUUAACAAAUAUCAUCAUUAUUUUAUUCUUUGCAGCUCUUCUCCUAUUCAUCAGCCUGAUCAUUUACUGUUUUGGUCUCAACUCCAGCUUUGCCAAGAAACACUGUGGCUCUUCAAGUGGAUUUUUUAACUCUGGAACUUGUAAAAUUGCUUGGGGAUAUGUGUUAGCUAUUGUCAGCACAGCUCUUCUAAUUUUUUGUCCAAUGAUGGCUCAUCAUCUUUCGGUUUCCACCCCAAGAAAGAAGUCAACUGUUGUUUAACUAGCUUGAACUUUUUUAGUCUGUUAUAUAUGCCUGCAUGGUCAAAUGAGAAGACAACAUAUUGUUAUAUAGCAUCCAGCUUUCAUUUCUAACCAUGUAUAUGGAAUUGCAGAUCACGAAGUUCCGCUAGUAGAGAUUUCGAGUUACCAUACAUGCACCAGAGAAAAAUUAAACAAAUGAUAUUGUCAUGCAAGUUAUAAUGUGAAACGUGCAGUAAAUCAUGUCCAUGGAUAACCAAUGCAUGCUAAAAAUAACCUGGGGUUGACUGAUCCCCUGGACUUCUAAUAAAACGUCCACCACGCACACUACCGACUCAUAUCAGCUGUGCUUGACGUGAUGUAUAUUUUAUUUCAUUAUUAGUAAAGCUUGUCCUUAAGGCGAAUAUACGAGUUAUUCCAAAACAGAGCCUUUCGACAGACAUGGCAUACUGAAAAUUCUCUUGAAAAGUGGAGAAAGGGAUUAAAAAAUCUGGGCGCAAACAAACUUAAGAAUAGAAACUCAAUUAGUCGUAGUGCGUAAAUUAACCGCUUCUAGCGUGUAAACCUGCCUUACAACAUUUUAGUCAUUAAAAGUAUUGCCCUUACUUAAUUUUU